AUGGAACUCCCAACAAUUCUUACAAGUUCUCAGACGAUAAUUCAUACUGUGCUCAUUCUUGCUGUCACGAUUUCGCUGAGAUUAAACGCAGUAUGGGGACGCCAUUUGCACCACACAGAUUACUUCGACUAUUGUGCGGUUAACUGUAGGGCCCACGGUGCGUCGCUGACUGAUUUCGGAGGCGUGGGAGAUGGGACGACUUUGAACACGAGAGCUUUCCAGGCGGCGAUCGGUUAUCUGAGCCAAUUUGAACCAUACGGAGGAUCGAUGUUGUUUGUUCCUCCGGGAAAUUGGCUGACCGGAAGCUUCAACAUCACCACAAGCCAUUUCACACUUUAUCUCCAUAAAGAUGCUGUUCUUCUUGCUUCUCAGGAUGAAAACGAGUAUGCUGUAAUAAAACCCCUGCCAUCUUACGGCCGAGGAAGGGAUACAGAGGGAGGUAGAUACAGCAGUCUCAUCUUCGGCACCAACUUAACUGAUGUUAUCAUAACAGGAAACAAUGGCACGAUAGAUGGUCAGGGUGAGCCCUGGUGGGACAAGUUUCACAAGGGAGAGUUACUGUACACCAGACCUUACCUGAUUGAGAUAAUGUUCUCUGAGGACAUUCAGAUAUUGAACUUGACCCUCGUGAACUCACCUUCAUGGCACGUCCAUCCUGUCUACUGCAGCAAUGUGAUAGUACAAUGGCUCACGAUUCUUGCUCCUGUAUCUGUCCCAAACACCGACGGUAUCAAUCCAGAUUCGUGCACGAAUACCCGGAUCGACGACUGCUACAUCGUCUCGGGAGAUGACUGCAUCGCCGUGAAGAGCGGGUGGGACGAGUACGGCAUCUCGUUCGCCAUGCCCACCAAACACCUCUCGAUCCGACGGCUGACGUGUGUCUCCCCCUCGAGCGCCGUCAUCGCGCUCGGGAGCGAGAUGUCGGGCGGCAUCGAGGACGUCCGCGCGGAGGACAUCACCGCCGUAAACUCCGAGUCGGGCGUUCGGAUCAAGACGUCUCGCGGGCGGGGCGGUUACGUGCGGGAUGUCUACGUACGCCGCGUGACCAUGCGAACCAUGAAGUGGGCCUUCUGGAUGACGGGAAACUACGGGUCUCACCCGGACGACAAGUACGACCCGAACGCGCUCCCCGAGAUCAAGAACAUUAACUUUAGGGAUGUGGUGGCGGAGAACGUGACUAUGGCGGCGAGGUUGGAGGGGAUAGCAGGGGAUCCUUUCACGGGGAUUUGUUUGUCGAACGUGACAGUCGGGAUGGCUAAAAAGGCAAAGAAGGUGUUUUGGAAUUGCACGGAUAUCGAGGGGGUCUCGAGUGGGGUGGUCCCACGGCCGUGCUCGGAGCUUGAGGGUGGGGGUACGGAAGGGGAUGUGGUGUGUGAUUUUCCGGUGGAGGGUUUGCCAAUCGAUAGUGUUGAGGCCCAAACGUGCUCGUAUAGGAGGAAGUAUUUGGAGGGUGAGCGCACGGUGAACAAGCAUUUGUUGUAG